AUGGCUUCCCUAGCUUCCCCAGACCCAGCAUCGCAGGACACGACCCGCGCCCCGUCGCCCGACCCCUCGGUCAUCGCGCGCGACUUCGCCUCGCGCGCGCCGCCGACGACGUUCUUGCCGCGCAACAUGCCCGAUAUCGCCGUCCGCUAUCUGUACCUGGACUACGCGCCUGCGUCGAGCCAUUACCUGCGCAACCUCAUCGCGCGGCGGACGGGCGAGAGCGGGAAGGAGAAGGAGAAGGAGCGGGCGUUCAAGCACGUGAGAUUGUUGGUGCUGGACCGGCCGGUGGGGGAGGAGGGGGCGAGGGGGUAUGCGGUUGCGCUGGUGAAGAGCGUGGGUGGUGGAGAUGGAGAAGGGGGACAUGGGGAGGCGCGGUUGGAGGAGGGGUUUGCGCUGUUUACGGCGGAGGCGAAGGAUCCGGUGAGGAGGAAGGAGAUGUUGCUCAGGGGGGUCAUGGUGACGGGGGCGGGGUUUGGGAAUUGGCAGGAGGAGGUGGGGAGGUGUGGGGGCGGUGGGGAGGGGGUUGCGAGGGAAGGUUUGUGGGAAUUUUUUUAG